AGGCAAGAAUUUCCAGCAAGUUUCGCAGGCAUCUCUGGUAACUUCGCGAUGUAUCCUAUCUUCUGAAACACCAGCCCCACCCGGCUCCUAUUAUCCUAUAUAUAAAUACAUACAUACACACCAACAAACAAUACAUACAAUACACGCAAGAUAUUUCUAUCAAUUUCAAACCAACUACUCAUCAUCUAUAAACGAAGGAAAUCAUAAUCACGAGCUUUCUAUAUUUUGACUAUGGACGCGUUUGGAUCGUUUUUCGAAUCGCAAUCAUCAUCUCGUAACAGUUGGAGUUACGAUUCUCUCAAGAAUUUCCGUCAAAUCUCUCCCACCGUUCAAAAUCAUCUCAAACAGGUUUAUCUUUCACUAUGUUGUGCUCUGAUUGCAUCAGCAGCUGGGGCUUAUCUCCACGUUCUUUGGAAUAUUGGAGGUCUUCUUACAACAGUUGGAUGCAUGGCCGCCAUGGUUUGGUUGCUUUCAACACCUCCUCAUGAAGAGCAAAAGAGGGUUUCGCUUCUGAUGGCAGCUGGAUUACUUGAAGGGGCCUCUAUUGGUCCACUGAUUGACCUGGCUAUUGACUUUGAUCCCAGCAUCCUUGUUGGUGCAUUUGUCGGAACUGCUGUGGCUUUUGCUUGUUUCUCGGCUGCAGCCAUGUUAGCUAGGCGCCGAGAAUACCUCUACUUAGGUGGCCUGCUUUCUUCUGGUGUAUCCAUCCUUUUCUGGUUGCAUUUUGCAUCAUCCAUUUUUGGAGGAUCCCUGGCAAUGUUUAAAUUUGAGUUGUACUUUGGUCUGCUUAUCUUUGUGGGCUACAUGGUAGUUGAUACCCAGGAUAUAAUAGAGAAGGCUCAUUUUGGAGAUUUGGACUAUGUGAAGCACGCACUAACUCUAUUUACUGAUUUUGUUGCUGUCUUUGUUCGCAUCCUUAUUAUCAUGUUGAGGAAUGCAUCUGACAAAGAAGAGAAGAAGAAGAAGAGAAGAAACUGAUAUGGCUGUUGUAGCUCAAAGCUUUUGUAAUGGCAGUGAUAUGUUCUCUUGAUGUUCAUACGUCUCCCCCUCUUCUUUUCCUGUUUUUGUUCUUUUAACAGAAAACAAUUACUGUUGCUGCAUUAUAUAAUGUAGUGUGGCAGUUUGUUAAUCCACAAUCGUAUUAGUCUGUAACUUUCAAAACAGAAAAACAAGCACUGUUGCUGCUGUGUAAUGUAGUGUGGCAAUUUGUUACAUCUA